AUGCAGGAUCCAAAAGAUUCUACGGGCACCGCAAUCGACUAUGCGUACCAGAACUCCUGGGGUCUUACUCAGCGAACCAUCGGCGUGAUGGUGAUGGUCCAUGGAGACGACAAAGGCCUGGUACUUCCGCCGAACGUCGCUGGCUACCAGGUUGUGAUCGUUCCUUUGGGCAUCAAAGCCAGCAGCACGGAGGAGGACAAGAAGAUCCUGGCGGAAGUCUCCGAGUCCUACUCGAAGAGGUUGGCCGCGGUGGGCGUUCGUGUGUACCUGGAUGAUGACAACACCUACUCUCCUGGUUGGAAGUUCAACAACUGGGAGAUGAAGGGCGUGCCUUUGCGGAUCGAGUUGGGCCCGAUGGAUAUCAAGAAAGGUGAGUUUGUCAUGGCCAAAAGAAACAUCCUGGACCAGAAGGCUGGCAAAGUGAUCGGCAAGCAUGACUCCCUGGAAGCAGAUGUGAAGAGAACGCUCGAUGACAUCCAUAACGAGCUGUACAGCAAAGCUCUUUCUGAACGGGACAGCCGUUUGGCAUCAAUCGACAAAUGGGAG